AUGCAGGUCUUCAGACGUAGCACGGCUUCUGCACUGCAGAACGCUCUCCUGUGUCAGCGCCGGGGUCUAAUUACCUCGACCGCCGGCUAUUCCUCGACGAUAGACAAUCUGCGCAUCAAUGGCGACACAAAGGUCAUCUACCAGGGGUUUACUGGAAAGCAGGGAACAUUCCACGCCCAGCAAGCAAUUGAAUACGGAACCAACAUUGUUGGCGGAACGAAUCCCAAAAAGGCGGGUGAGACCCAUCUUGGAAAGCCUGUGUUUAGAAAUGUGGAAGAGGCGAUGAAGGAAACGGGCGCAACAGCCUCCGCCAUCUUCGUCCCACCUCCAGUAGCUUCCAGCAGCAUCGAGGAGGCAAUUCGGGCGGAGGUGCCUCUCGUCGUCUGCAUCACGGAAGGUAUCCCACAACAUGAUAUGGUUCGCAUAACCGAUAUCUUGAAAACGCAAAGCAAGACCAGAUUAGUCGGCCCCAAUUGCCCCGGCAUUAUUGCUCCAGGCCAAUGCAAAAUCGGCAUCAUGCCCGGCUUCAUCCAUCAACGCGGCCGCAUCGGCAUCGUCUCCCGCUCCGGCACCCUAACCUAUGAAGCCGUCAACCAGACCACCCAGGCUGGCUUAGGCCAGUCCCUCGUCAUCGGAAUCGGCGGUGAUCCCUUCUCCGGCACCAACUUCAUCGACUGCCUCAAGAUAUUCCUCAAGGACGAGGAGACGGACGGAAUCAUCAUGAUUGGCGAGAUUGGUGGGAGUGCUGAGGAGGACGCGGCGGAGUUCCUUAAGAGUGAGAAUAAGGCGAAUAAGCCUGCCGUUGGGUUCAUUGCGGGUAUCAGCGCUCCGCCGGGUCGGCGGAUGGGUCAUGCUGGCGCCAUUGUGAGUGGGGGGAAAGGUGGAGCUGAUUCUAAGAUCUCCGCACUUGAGGCGGCGGGGGUGAUUGUUGAGCGUAGUCCGGCUUCGUUGGGGAAGACGCUGCUGGCGGAAUUUGUAAAGAGGGAUCUUGUAUGA